AUGGUGUGCCCCGCGGCCCUGCUCAAACUUGUGCUGGUGGUGCUGUUUGCGCUAUGCGUGCCCGACGCCGUGCCGGCCAGCGGCAUCUCGUCGCUCAACUACACCAAGAUCGCAGGCCUGCAGAAAUGCGUGACCGACUUUGACUGCUGCUCAGGGCACUGCAUCACCAUCGGCGGCAUCAAGGGCUGCCUGCCCUGCGUGCCGGUGCCUCUGGUCAAGUGCGUGUCGGACUUCGAUUGCUGCUUCGGGGCCAAGUGCAACCUGCAAAACACCAAGUGCUGCCUGGCCAAUGGCCAGGCCUGCGUCAAGCAGGUCAACCUCACACAGCCCGUCACGCCCGGCGAGCUGUGCUGCUCCGGCCAGUGCGACUCCGCCAGCAACACCUGCUCCAACUGCAUCGGCGUCGGCAGCACGGGCUGCACCACAGACGCGCAGUGCUGUAACAAAUCGAGCUGCGUGUCCUCGCGGUGCUGCGUCAAGGCGGGCGGCGCAUGCAUCACUGGCAUCGAAAACUCAGACUGCUGCUCCAAGGACUGCAAGGCGGGGAUCUGUCAGUAG